AUGUUGAUUUGUGAUUACAUUGGUGAUUAUGUUCAAAGUUCCAAGCUACAUAAUGUUCAAUCUCGAAAGGAAAAGAUUUGGGAGCUUGUACAUCAGUUAGUUGAUGCUUUUGAAUUUGCAAAUCCUCUUGAAAAUCUAAUAUUUGAAUUCUGUAAUAAUAUAAAUGAUAAAGGAAUUGAUCAGUUAGUUGCUGCAUAUGAAAUUGGAAUUAAUAGGUUACAAAAAAUAGUAAAUCAAGAGAUUCUUUUGACAGAAAAUUACACAACUGUUAGAAGAAGAGAAAGAAAUAUUACACGUGUUAUGCUUGCCGAUAUUGCUAAAAUGAAAAAAGAAAGAAAAUUAGAGGAAAGGGAGGAAAGAGGGAAGGAAAAGAAAAAUAAGAGAGGGAGGGGAAGAGGAAGAAGAAGGGGGAGUGGAAGAGGAAGAAAAAGGGAGAGUGGAGAUGAUGAAGAAGCGACCACAUAA